GAGACAGAGUAGACGCGCAUUAAAUUUUCAAUUGGGGAAAGCGCGGUGUGGAGGGUCAGAGAGAGCAGAGGAGGAUGCGGUGACGGAAGGCCAAAAUGAGGGAAACUAAGAAUAUGUCCGAGUCCCCGUCUCAAGUGGGGAAAGAAAUACCGACAAAAAAACAAAAACUGAGCAGUGACGAGAACAGUAAUCCCGAUUUAUCAGGAGACGAGAAUGAUGAUGCUGUCAGUGUUGAGAGUGGGACCAAUGCAGAGCGCCCGGACACACCCACCAAUACGGCCAACGCUCCGGGCAGGAAGAGCUGGGGAAAGGGCAAGUGGAAGUCCAAGAAGUGCAAAUAUUCUUUUAAAUGUGUCAACAGCCUGAGGGAGGACCACGGUCAGCCGCUGUUUGGAGUCCAGUUUAACUGGCACAGCAAGGAGGGAGACCCACUGGUGUUUGCCACAGUCGGGAGUAACAGGGUAACUCUGUACGAAUGUCAUUCUCAGGGAGAGAUAAGACUCCUGCAGUCUUACGUUGAUGCAGACGCAGAUGAGAACUUUUACACAUGUGCUUGGACGUACGACACCAGCACAAGUCAUCCGCUGCUGGCUGUAGCCGGGUCCCGCGGCAUCAUCCGGGUCAUCAACCACAUCACGAUGCAGUGCAUCAAGCAUUACGUCGGUCACGGGAACGCCAUCAAUGAGCUCAAAUUUCACCCGAGGGAUCCAAACCUCCUCCUGUCUGUCAGCAAAGAUCACGCUCUCCGACUGUGGAACAUAAAGACGGACACAUUAGUGGCGAUAUUUGGAGGCGUGGAGGGUCAUCGAGAUGAAGUCCUGAGUGCUGAUUUUGACCUGCUGGGUGAAAAGAUCAUGUCAUGUGGGAUGGACCACUCGCUCAAACUGUGGAGAAUCAACUCGGAGAGAAUGCUGAAAGCCAUUCGCGGCUCGUACGAGUACAACCCCUCAAAGACAAACAGGCCUUUUGUCUCUCAGAAAAUUCAUUUCCCCGACUUCUCAACGCGAGACAUCCAUAGAAACUAUGUGGACUGUGUGCGGUGGCUCGGCGAUCUCAUUCUCUCCAAGUCCUGUGAAAACGCCAUCGUCUGCUGGAAACCAGGGAAGAUGGAGGACGACAUCGACCACAUUAAGCCGAACGAGUCCAAUGUGACGAUUCUGGGACGUUUCGAUUACAGCCAGUGUGACAUUUGGUACAUGCGCUUCUCCAUGGACUUCUGGCAGAAGAUGCUGGCGUUGGGAAACCAGGUGGGGAAGCUUUACGUGUGGGACCUUGAAGUGGAAGACCCACACAAAGCCAAGUGCACCACACUGACGCUUCCCAAGUGCACGUCUGCCAUCCGGCAGACCAGCUUCAGCCGUGACAGCAGCAUCCUGAUAGCUGUGUGUGACGACGCCUCCAUCUGGCGCUGGGACCGACAGCGCUAACCGAGAGCUCACAUGGCAGCCCCCUUCCACAACAUCCCUGACUUACAGACGCACUGCAAAAAAAAUAUCAAGUUGAACAUUUAGUUUGUGUGUGAGGUCUGAAAUCUUGUUUUUUUUUUAAGGUGUUUUAUUCUAAAUAAAGUGACAGAUUUUUAUAUUCAGCAUUCACUGCAAGCUGUGCAGACUAGAUUAUUUUCCUUUGGCAGUGAAACAUUUUAUUUUAACAUCAUUUCUUUGUUGAAAAAUUUGUUCCGUUUUUCCGUACUUUCUAGAUUGCUUUAAUGCUCUUUUCUCCACAAACACGUUCUUUACUGUUACAUAAUUUUACAGCGUGGUCUUUGAUAUUUGGGGGCUUUUCUGGGUUGUGUCCUAGAUUUUGUAAAUAUGUGGUCAUGUCUUUUUUUUUCUGUUUCUUUUUAAUAAAAUAUAGAAUUGACUUGA